CCUACAUCUGCCACAGUAUUAUCAGUUUCCUGGUAUUUCUGCUGCUCAUAAUCACAUUCCCCAUUUCUGGAUGGUUUGCCUUGAAGAUGAGGUGUAUAUGGAAUCCAUUUCCUCAAGCAGAUGGUGGGAAAUAGAAGUGGGUCUUAAGAGAGUAUGGAUGGAAUGGCCUACCCAUUCAUGAAGACUGAGGGAUGCUUGGAGAAUGACCAGCCUCUCCCACAGAACAACCCUGGAGAAUACUGGACUGGAGGGACCAAGGAAGGGUAUUCUGUGUAGUAGAUAGUGCUUAGAAAAACUUGGGCUAUAGUCCUGACCCUGUCAUCCAUCAGCUGCUCUGUGGUAUGGGGCGAGUCAUGACCUCUUGGGACCUCACUUUUUUUUCUCUAGACACAUCUGGUUUUUUCCUGGUUUCUGGAGUAAGAGGUAAAUGACUUUGCUCUCCUAGAUAGACAUUAUAGUAGGAAGAGGGGAAAUUUUAAACUAGCCCUUCUUUUUUCCUAGUUUCCAAUAGCACUUAGGUAGAGGUGAAGGGGUGAGGAAUGAGAGAUGCUUAGUGACCCAAGCCUUCAUGGCUUCAGAGGCACCAUCUUGGACCCCUCAACCCCAGGUUCUUACCCACCUUUUUACUCCAAUCUGCUUAGAUGUGCCUUGUUUGCAGAUCAUCCCUACCUAUGAACGGAUGGUUGUGUUUCGUCUGGGACGGAUUCGAGCCCCACAGGGGCCAGGCAUGGUCCUGCUGCUUCCUUUCAUCGACUCUUGGCAGAGGGUGGAUCUGAGGACAAGAGCAUUCAAUGUCCCUCCCUGUAAGCUGACCUCCAAGGAUGGCGCCCUGGUCUCUGUAGGGGCUGAUGUUCAGUUCCGCAUCUGGGACCCAGUGUUGUCGGUGAUGAUGGUGAAGGACUUGAACUCGGCCACCCGCAUGACGGCCCAGAAUGCCAUGACAAAGACUUUGUUGAAGAAACAGCUACGUGAGAUCCAGAUGGAAAAGCUGAAGAUUGGGGAUCAGCUCUUACUGGAGAUCAAUGACAUGACCAAGUUAUGGGGUCUGGAAGUGGACCGUGUGGAGCUAACUGUAGAGGCUGUGCUGCAAACACCCCAAGAAGCUCCUGCCCUGCCUGGCCUGGACAGUGCCAUCCAACAGUUGGCCUUCCACUUCUUUGGCACUGGCAACAGUGGCACUGCCCCUGUGGCAGCUGAGACAGACACCAUGGAGAUGGUGAAUGAAGUAGAAGGGUCUCCCUCAUCCACCAGCAACCCAAGUAGCACCAGCAAUGACGACACCAAGAAGAGGCCAACGGUGGAGGAGCUGCUGGUUGCUAUAGAACUGGUUCUAUCCGAGGCAUUGGUCAGUCAAGUCCAGGCAUGCUACCAGUUUAACAUCCUCCUGCCCAACAACACCCAUAGCUCCUACUUCAUUGAUCUCACUACAGGUAGUGGGAAGAUUGGGCAUGGCGUGCCGGAGCGCAGCCCAGACGUGGUUUUGGAGAUGACUGAGGCUGACCUACAAGCCCUUUUCUCUGGGGAGCUGAGGCCCCUAGGAGCUUAUAUGAGUGGGCGUCUGAAGGUGAAGGGAGAUUUGAACAUGGCCAUGAGGUUGGAGUUGCUUUUGAAGGCCAUGAAGUAGCAGAAUUGCAGGGACACCUGCCUUGAGUCCCCAGCCUCUCAAGGUUCCUAUUGGCAAUGAAAGAUGGAGCUACUUCUUUGGUAAACAAAAUGGAACUGGUAAAGUUGAUGCCUCCCAUCCCCUUGCCCUGGUCUGCUUCUCCUGUCUUCCUCUAGUUUCAUUCUUUUGACAAGUCUUUCUUGAAGUCCAACUCUUUGCCAGGGGACAUCAUAGAAAGGACAGGAAAAGACCCGAUGCAUGCUCUUAAAGAGCUCCCGCCAUGUCUAUGGAGACAAGACCCACAUCUAUGCAAUCUUAGGAGAACAUUACCAAGAAUCUAAAACUCAUUGUUGGAGUAUACCUGCUAUGAUCUUCCUGUGGCAGGAGGUCAGAAGAAUUAGCAUGGCCUGGGCUAGUCAGGGGAAAACUUCAUGCAGGAAAUGGCACGUCAGCCGGACCUUAGAGAAGGAGGAAAAAGAGAACACUGCCAUCCCAGUCCAAGAAGACAAGUUUCCUACAAAACCAGCGGACUCCAGAAUAGAGACCUAAGGACUAGGGAUGAAGCCAGCAACUCUCUGGCCCUGAGCAAGAAGAGGCUCAAAUUUCUGGGCAUUGCCUUGGAAUGGGGAGAAGAAGGGGCCGGCCCCUUCCCCAGUGGAUCUCCAGCUUUCUGGGCCUGUGGAUGUGGUGUCCGUCUCCCCUGUCUUGCAUGUUAUAUCGAGAAUAGUGGGAGGUGGGGAGGUGGGGCACGUUUACAGAUCCUGGCUUGGUUUCCUGACUUGACUGAAUUGUUUUUGUUGGUGUUUUAAAUUAAAAGGCUAAAAAACCUGA